AAAAAAAUACAACAAAAAAAUUGAAUUUGAAGUAGACCCAACCUAUUAAGUAUUCCUUUGUCAUGGCCAAGAUUAUUUCACAAGACACUUUCGACGAUGUGGUGCAAGAGAACGUGAUAGAGUUCUCCAUGAGCCCUGCCGAGGCGAAGGAGGAGACAAUUAAACAGUUUGAAGCACAGGGUAUAAAUCUGGCCAACAUUAUCAAAGAUUUGGCUAUCAACCCGCAGUCCGGCAAGCCCGUAAUCAACGAGAUGGUGGACAAAAUCAAAACGCACAUCGGCCAGAAGGAGGCGGAUACCAUCCAGCUGCUGGAUCAGCUGGACACCUUGGACGCAGAGUGCCAAAAGUCACUGGCGCACCGGGUGCUUGCGGGCAAAAAUGGAGCUCACGAUGCAUUGAUCACUUUGCUGGAGCAGACCCUGGCCGCGACGGAGACGGAGGGUGAAGGAGACCAACACGAUGAUGUGCUCGAAAAAUGCCUGCGGGCCGUCAAUAGUUUGACAAACAAGCAGCCUGACUUAUUCGAUGCGGAGGCGAUGGCUGUGGUCCUGAAGCUGCUGGCACUCAGGCAGGAGAAUCGACUGGAGAUCACACUUCUGACGCUGCAGUGGUUGCAGAAAGCCUGCAUAAUGCACGAAGUGAACCGCCAGAACAUAAUGAACACACCUGCUUUGAAGCUACUAAAACCGCUGCUGGUCAAAGACAAUGCACGCCUGGUGAGCGAGCUGACUGCCGUGUUCCGCUUUCUUGUGCUGGACGACGACAUACGCGUGGAGUUCGGCUCGGCCCACGAGCACGCCCGGCAAAUAGCAAACGAGGUUCUGCUGCCACUUGUGGAGCUGCUGUCAGCAUACCAGGAAGUAGAAGUGCUGGGUGACUUACUGCUCACCAUUGGCACGCUUGCAGUGCGCCAGGAGCUGUGCACAGCUAUCGAUGAGGCGGGCGGCCUAAAGGCAAUCUUUGAAAUCAUGAGCAACCACCUGGAAGAGGUGCGUUUGAAUCGCGAAGCCUUGAAGCUGCUGCGUGCCCUGGCCGGCCACGACGCGGUCAAGGCUCACAUUGUGGACCAAGGGGUGGCGCCCAUCAUAAAACAGCUCCUAGAGGCACACCAGUCAAACGAGAACAUUGUAGCCGCUGCCUUGGCCUGCAUAACCACGCUGACGUUGCGCGUCAAGGAGCAUAGUACGGCCUUCUUCGAAACUGGCAUCGCCGAGGUACUUGUGGAGGCUAUGCGCACUCAUCCCAGCCACAAGAUUGUCCAGCGAAACGGGGCCUGGGCCAUACGAAACAUGGUGUCGCGUUCGCGCAACCAAUGCGAGACUUGGAUCUCCUUUGGUGUCGAGGAUCUGCUCAACGCGGCAAUGACAGAACAUCCCAGCGUGGCGCAGGACAUUAAGGCUGCCCUACGGGAUCUAGGCUGCACUGUCGAGCUGCGCGAAGAGUGGACUGGUACCGCAGAGAAGAAGAUUGCCGCCUAGCACAUGCCUUCAGUAAUAACAGCGACAAUUGCUUAUUUAUUUUGUAUUUUUGUAACCUAGAUAUAACUGGAUUCUUCUGCAUGCUAGCACGAGCUACAGCUACAACUCACUCCUACUACUGAUAAAUCGUGCAUUUGCUAACCUUAAA